AUGAAGCUGCUGCUGCUGUGUCUGGGACUGACCCUGGUCUGUGCCCACAAUGAAGAGAAGCAUGAUGUAGUGACAAGCAACUUCGACAUGGCAAAGAUUUCCGGGGAGUGGUAUACUGUUCUCUUGGCCUCGAACGUGAAGGAAAAGAUAGAAGAAAUAGGUAGCUUGAGAAUGUUUAUGGAAAGCUUUCAGGCCUUCGAUAACACUUCUCUGUUAAUUAAAUGUCAUAAAAUGAUCAGCGGAGAGUGCAUUGAAUUUACUUUUAUUUGUGAGGAAACAGAAAAGAAGGGUGUAUAUGGUACUCCCUAUGAUGGAUACAAUUGGGUACAAAUAGCCGAAGCAGUCUACGAUGAAUAUCUUAUUUUUUAUGUCUUGAAUUUUUGUCAUGAGAAAACAACCAAGGUUAUCGGGCUGAAUGUCAAAAACCGAGAUGUGAGUCCACAAAUCAAGAAGAGGUUUGAGGAACUUUCUCAACAGUAUGAAAUCCCGACAGAAAAUAUAAUGGAUGUGAGCAAUGCUGAAACUCAUUCGGUUUCUCUCUGGGCAAUAAGAGGAUGCUUGUUGACUGUGUUCUGUUCUGCCUCUGCAGACCCCUGUUCCCAGGCCCCAGGGAGCCAUGGAGCCCAGGCCUCCAGUGCAGAGUGAGUGCUUCCUUCCAUGGUCCCCAUGACAUCGUGUGACAAGUUCUGUGACCUGAUUUCCAGCACUGUCAUCCAGGAAGGCGUUUUCUCUCAAUCUUCAGCACCUUCUCUAUGUGUCUAGAAAAGAC